UGGUGUUUUCCCUAGAGGUGGCGCUGGUUCAAUCACCGCGUCACAACUCAGAGACUAUUUCAGAAAUAAUUUGAAAGGUUCGAUAAUCAAUUUUUAAAGCAUGGCUUCGCUGCCACCAAAAAGAAAAGUUUGCUACUACUAUGAUGGUAAGAUAUUUAUUCACUUUUAAAUAUAGUAUACUUUAUACUAUGUGUUUGUUAACCUGUAAUCAUUGCUGCAGUGAGCUCGCCAUGCAAGUCAAACUAGUCUUGUUGAGAGUGAUAUCGGAAUGACCACGGUCCCGCAUUUUUUUUUCACCACUAAAUUUUCAAUUUACCAUCCAUUCUAAUAAUCUAUUCUUAAUUAAGUGUAUUAGAAUUUUAUAUUAAUUGAAACACAAAGUUUUCACAAAAAUUUGAUUGGAGCAGUUAACCAUAUUAUUUUAAGGGAUAACUUUUUAUAAGGUAGCUGUCUUUGUACUUAUGAAUCCAUGAUAAAAACGACUGAAAAAGUAUGGUACACCAUCUAUCAGAUCUAGAAAAAUUAGGCCGAAAAUUUGAGUAUAUUACAACGUAACUUAAUCUGUAUGUAUCUAAACGCUAUUUUAAGAUGCAGUGCAUUUAAUUUAACCGAUUUGACUGUAAUUUAGAACACCUUUUUCAUAACUGGCAUAUGAAAUGUGAUAAUUAAAAGUAUGGAACACCAUCUUCCUUGUACUUGGUUUGCAAACUGUUAAAGAUUUGUAUAUUUAUUUGCAAAUGACAGGCUUGUAGUCAUUAUAAAUUGAAAUAGGGCUAUUUUAAGGACAAUAAAUAUAUUUUAUUUUAUCAUGGAUCAUCAAUAUUGAAAGGGAUAUUUUUUAUUUUUUUUAAGUAUUAUUAUUAUUAAAGUUUAAAGUAUUUUAAAAACCCUCUCAAAAGUGUGACUCCUCAAAAAUACUGAGACUGAGCUAAUACUAAUACUGGUAUUAUUAUUACAAACCUGUUUACUCUUACGAUUUUGGCGUACAAUUUAUGAUUUUGAGGUGUAUAAAAAUACUAUACUGUAUGUUUAUUUUUUUACUAUUAAGAUAAUGUAUGGGUAAUUUUAUUAUGAUAUUGUAAUUGUACGAUUUUAAGAGUUAGAGGGUAAACAGGUCUGGUAUUACUCUAUUAGUAAUACUAAACUAAGUAAUAGUCAUAAUCACAAACUGAAAAUAUUGGUAGUAAUUAAGCAUAAGCUGCAAGAAUCAUUUGACUUAGACUUUGUUUUUGAAUGACUGCCUCCUACAACUUUAGUACUUUAACUUUAAUAGAAAUAAAAUAAAUCAUAUGGCCAGUAUGGGGUCUAAAAUACCUCAAAAUUUAAAAAAAUAUCAUGAAAUAAUUUACACACACUUUUAACAGACUACCUCAUCCAAGUAUUUUUACCAAAAGUACCGUAAUGCAUAUAUUAUUGAAUUUAUUAUUUAGUACUUAGUUUAGUAGACCAAUACUAUUAGUAAGGCUGAUCUUUUAAUACUAUUUGAUCCAAUUAUUUUUAUUGGAAUAGAGAUAUACUGAGAUAGCCUGGUUAAUUUCCAGUCAUUUUUUGUUUCUUGAUUCCCAAUGUAACACUAUUGAUAGUUCUGCCACUGGCGGCUAAGAGGGUUGGGGUAAAAAAAAUCUCUUUAAAAUCAAUAGUCUACAUACUUAAUUAGGGUAGUACUUAGUAGUAUGGUUUUUUUUUUAAAUAGAAAAUGAGUAGGCUAAUUUAUUGUCAAUUAGAAUUAAAACUAUUUUGCAACUUAUACUUAUAGGCAAUGUUCCCUCUAAGGUUUGUUGGUUCGUGUGCAAAAUCAUAAAGUUGUGUGCAACUUUUUACAGCAUCAAUUUUUUUGGGCGCCAAAUUUUCAGCCUACAGACAUAAACACAUACUUAAGUGGAAAUUAGCUGCGCGGUACCCAAAACUGCUGCGCGGCGUCUGUGAGAUUAAUGCGCGGCCGCGCAGCUUAAAGGGAACAUUGCUUAUAGGUCUAGAGGUAUUGAAACCAACAUAAUCAGAGAAUAUCUGCCUUAUUGUUUAGGCAGUGUCUACACGUCCGGCGCGCCGGGCGUCUAUCUCCCGCACUAUGUGUCCGGCGACCAAGUCACAUGACCGCCGUAACAAAGUGGCGAGAGAUAUCGUGUCGGUCAGCCUUGUCACGUGACUGCGAAUAAUUCACAACUAUUGUUAAUUUUAAAAUCUAUUUCUCUACCAAGUAAUGUACUGAGUAUCUUGAAUGCAAAUAAUAGAAAAAGAAACUUAAGUGAAAGUGGCUUGUAAACAUUUUUGUUUAGUUUGUUAUUUUUUGUGUACCAGUAAUCCAUAAAAUGAUUUCAUUUUAAAUUAUUUCAAUUGCUACAAAAUAUUUAAAAACUUCUCAUGAAACUACUGUUGCUGAGGAACAUGAUAAUAUAAAUAUAUACAAAAUAUUUUAAUUAAAAUGGGAAGAAAAAAAACGACCCUAUCCCCGGUAUAGAUCCUCAAACAUUCCUAUCGUCAAGCAACCACUCUACCACAAGACCAGACAAGAUGUACUAAAUCGUAUUUCGUUUGGAAUUAUAAAAACUACUAGCCGUCCGGCCAUGUCCGGCGGUCACGUGACAAGUCGCCGGACGUGUAUCUUGCGCACUACACGUCCGGCGCGCCGGACGUGUAGACACUUCAUAUUGUUUAACAUAGACCAGAGUUAGCAACCUUUUUUCAUGGGAGGUACACCCUAGGCCUUUCCAAGAGUUAAGCGUCACGCUCACUAUCAUAUAAGUAAAAAAAAAAAUUACAAAUACUAAAUAACAAGAUGUAGUUAACAUUAAUGGCAUUUAAUACUAAAAGGUGUAAGAUUACACUGUAUUGCUCUAUAUCUCUGUCUUUAUCUGACACAUUUCUGUUAUCACAGAGUUGGACAGCUUGAGAAUAGGCUAACCUUUUCCUCUUUUCAAAUUUCAUCAUCAUCAUGUCUCUUAGUCCUUGGACCGUUGGGGUGCCACAGAUGACAUGUAAACUAUCCUCCUCCAUUCGUCUCUGUCUUCUGCACUGUGCACAGCAUUACCUAGUUUUAGUCCCGUCCACUCUUUGAUGUUAUCUUCCCAUCUUUUUCUCUGUCUUCCUCCUCUUCUCCCUCCUCUCAUUGUGCCCUGCAUGAUUCCUUGUUUUCUUGUCACAUGGCCAUACCAUUCCAGUUUGUGCUUUUUUACAGUCACCAGGAGGUCAUUGUACAGCCCAAUUGCCUGACGAAUCCUUUCUUUCAAUUGAUCAUUGGAGAUAUGGUCUCUAUAGCAGAUGCCAGGAAUGCUUCUGAAACAUCUCAUCUCCAUCUCCUUUAUUUUCCUUUCAAGUUAUGCUGUUAAUGUCCAGGACUCGCAGGCAUACCAGAAAGUGGAGAGGACUAAUGAGCGCACCAGCCUGAUUUGGUGCUGGGGGGCUAUACUUUUGUCGUUCCAUAUUUUCUUGAGCCUCUUUAGUGAUGUUGUGGUCUGAGCAAUCCUGGACAUCAAUUUGGGCUUGGAGCCUUCUUCCGAGACUAUUGCUCCUAGGUACUUGAAGCUGCAUACUGUCUCUAAUCUUUCCUUCCCGACCUUAAUUUCAGUGGUGAUGCCGGUGGUGUUAUAUGUCAUCAAUUUUGUCUUUUCUGCACUAAGUGGCAUGCCAAAAGAUGAUGAAGUCUUGUCGAGACGCUUUACUAGGUUGGCUAGCUCUUCUUCGUUCCCAGCCAGUCCAUCUAUGUGAUCCGCAAAGCGUAGGUUGGUGAUUGUUCUGCUAUACAAUGCUGACUGUCCCUUCAUGAGCUUCCAGAGCAUCUGACAUAAUUCUCUCUAAGAAAAUGUUGAACAGGGUGGGGGAGAGCAAGCAGCCAUUCUCCGAUAUUAUAGUUGAAGAAGACUGCACUGGUGGCCUUAUCAUAGAGGCUGCAAAUCAUUCUGGUUAGGUUUGUGUUGAUGUUGUAGUGCCUCCUGGUGGCCCAUAAAGCAGCAUGCCAAAUCCUGUCAAAUGUCUCCUUGAAAUCCACAAAGACCUGUUAUAGGUUUUGUUGGGGUUGAGCAUAUUUCUCCCAUAGUAUUCGGAGGUUUAGGGUCUGCUCAGUAGUACCACAUCCUUGUCUGAAGCCUGCCUGUUCUUCAGCAAUGAGUCUGUCGGCAUAUGGUCUUAGUCCGUUCAAUGUGACCUUUAGCAUGACCUUACUUGGGUGGCUUAUUAGGCUAAUGGUGCGAUAGUUUUGGCAUAGCUGUAGGUUACCUUUUUUGGGGAGGGUGAUGAUAGCGAUUUCAAAUUUAAAUGCCUAUAUAUACUCUCUUACUUUCCUCCUCUUGGGGGCAUUUUGUUUGGCACACAGGUUGAGGAGCUCUGACUUAGAUUAUUGUGAUAUUUUUUAAAGUUUGUAAUCUUAACUUUAUCAUUUUGUUUUUGUCUUUUUGGCAAACCAAUAAUCAGAUAUUUAAAACUAGUUGUCUGAUUUACUGGCCUUCUUAACUGGUACCUCAAUACUAGCUUGUGGCACUGCCUGGUUAAUUUCUGUGACAAGCAGGUGAGAUCAGCUUAUAUUAUUUGUUGAGAAAAUGUCCAGCUUUGUUUUAUUUCAAAUAAUAAAGUAGAUGAAGUUACAAAUAAUAAAUCUAUUAUAAGAGGGGGAAAAUGAUUCAGUGAGUCAUAGAAAUAUAUUAGGUACUUUCAUUACAGAUUGGCUAAGACCAGACGUGUUUUAUCGGAAAGGAAUAUUGAUUGAUGCCAGUUACUCUAUUUUAUCAAUUUUCAUGGGCAACAUAAUAAUUUAAUUUGUAAUUCUUUUCUGUGUUGUAACUUAUAAAUAUUUUUUAUGCUAUCUGUUUCUUUUAAUGUUUUUAAAUCCUUUAUAUUAACUUCGCUUUUGUUAGUGUGUUUGUGGAAAAAUCUUUGUAGGGCUAAGUGACCCAAUUCCCGUUAUCCUAUAGAGCUGAAACUUGGCACAUAGACUCGUUGUCGAUGACAACACAUUCUAUCAAAUUUUCAGCCCAACUCCCAAAUAAAUCAGCUUUACGUGUUUUUAAAGGGGAAGAUGAAUGAAAUAUGAUUUGUUCAAUGGAUUCAUGUUUUGGUGUGGAGAUUAAUUUUGUAGCUGUUGCUAUGCGAUCUGUAUUUGUGUUGAAAUAUUUCUUUAGUCUAUCAGGUUUUACAUGCACUAGGUUUUAUUAUAAAACCAUUCCCAUACCAAAAAAAUCUGUUGCUACAAUCACAUAAAUGAUCAAACAAUUACAAUUACAUAAAUGCAUAUAAAGUUUUGCUUAUACAUUCUUUUUUUUAGGGGUUGUUUUUAAUUACUUUCACAUUAAAAGAUUACAAGUGCCAAUCAGAAAGCCCUUACUGACUUUUGUUAUCAGUUAAUUCUGUCAUUGAACUGUUGUUUUUUUUUUUUUUUCAGAAUUUUUUUAGAUGUCAUGUCAUUUUAUUUCCAUUUUAAGUUGUAUAAAUUCAUUUUGUUCCUCAGGUGACAUUGGAAACUUUUAUUAUGGACAGGGACAUCCGAUGAAACCACACCGUAUAAGGAUGACACAUAAUCUUAUUCUUAAUUAUUUCAUUUAACUGUUUUUUUUUUUUUUUUUUCAGAAUUUUUUUAGAUGUCAUGUCAUUUUAUUUCCAUUUUAAGUUGUAUAAAUUCAUUAUGUUCCUCAGGUGACAUUGGAAACUAUUAUUAUGGACAGGGACAUCCGAUGAAACCACACCGUAUAAGGAUGACACAUAAUCUUAUUCUUAAUUAUGGCCUGUAUCGCAAAAUGGAGAUUUAUGUAAGUUUCCUUUCAUUAAUGCUGUAGUAUUAUAAAUGGCUUUUCAUUGUCCUCUUCUUUUUCAAAUGAUUCUAUUUUAUAGGAUAAUUGUGAUAGCUCCAGUUUUAUUGACUUAUUCUCAUUGCUGUCUUGAUUUAUCCUAAAGAGACCUCAUAAAGCAACAGCUGAAGAAAUGACAAAGUUCCACAGUGAUGAUUAUAUAAAGUUCUUGAGAAGUAUACGACCUGACAACAUGGCUGAAUACAACAAACAAAUGCAAAGAUGUAAGUUAUAUUAAUUUCUUGUCCCACCUACAUCAUGAAAAUCGUAUUUUAUACAUUGGGUUUUUGGCUGAUGGGUUUCUUGUACUACUUUGUACUGUGAUGUGUUUUAUCUACUAUCUGCUUGCUGUUAUAAAUUUGUACAGGAAAUAAAUAAUCAAUUUUUAAAGUAGGCCUAUAUGCUUUGGCUCCAAUUAUAUUUUCAGUAUGCAGCUUUGUUUUUGAUAUGUGCAGUAAGAUAAUGCUAUAAAAAUUUAUAAAUUAUUUGAAAAGGUCAACAGCAGUUUCACUGACUUCUUUAUUUCAGUCAAUGUGGGAGAGGAUUGUCCUGUAUUUGACGGGAUGUAUGAAUUCUGUCAGUUGUCGACUGGAGGGUCUGUAGGCAAGUACAAUUUUUUAACCUUAUCAAACACCAAUAAUUAAUAAUACAUGUAAUGUGAUGUCUUCAAUUCUCAUUUUAUUGUCUUUGUUUUACAAAGGGUAAAACUUUAAAAAAAGAACGUAAAAUGUAUAAUUCUGGUCUGAUUGCGUCAACACUUAAUUGAGUAGAAAGUUGUGUCCAGUUGGCGGUACUCUAAAUGAAAUACCUUUUAUUUAAAAGUUGUUGGACUGUAAAAAAUUUCAUUAACUUAAUGCACAUGUAAUUGUACAUUAUAUUGUUAUUUUUAAAUUUUUCAGCUGGAUCAGUCAAGUUAAACAAGCAGGCUGCUGACAUAGCCAUCAACUGGGCAGGUGGGCUUCAUCAUGCCAAGAAAUCUGAGGCCUCAGGAUUUUGCUAUGUCAAUGAUAUUGUCCUGGGCAUACUGGAGUUGCUCAAGUAAGUCAAGACAGAUGAAAUUUUAAAUAAUUAUACGUUAUUUAAAAUAUAACUGUAUUUAAAUAAGAUCUCAUUCGGCCACUGCUUGGCUGUCAAAAUUAGUCUGGUCAGUUCUCAAAUAACGUUCCCCAUUAUAUAUUUGAAUGCAGCAACUAAGGAUUGCAUUUAUAGUAUGAAGUUAAAUUGUAAAUGCAUUAAAGGGGUAGGCGCCCGAGAAAAUCUUAAAUUUUACCAAAAUUAUAGAAUUUUUUUUUUUCAUUUUUUGAAAGUUCAACAUUCAUAGAAUCGACUACAUAUAAAUUGAUACUAUUUUAAAACCGGGAUAACAAUAAAAAAUUGAUUUUGAACUCCCUACCUCACUGAAAAAGUUGACCUAAUUUUAAAAAGGUGGUGAAAUUUUGAUCAAUGUACCCUUCUUUAACGCCUAGAAAAGGCUAAUUUAAAAUAUCAGAAUAUGCCAUUAUAAUAUAUCAACGGAAAGGUAAUUUCGUAGGCUAUUUUACUAUCCUAAAAUACGCGCGGUAAGUAUAUUGACCAUAAAUAUUCGAGCCCUCAAAUGUAUCGAAAAUAACAUUAUUUCAUUGGUCGACUAUUUUUCCAAUUUUUUCAUUGGAGUAAAAUGUUAGUAACCAUGACUCUUAUUUAUUCACGCAUGCGCAUCCCAGUAUUUUCCUUCAAAUUUUACUUCCUAGCGGCUCAUUUCUCAGCCUGACUCUGUUCCGACAGCACUGCUUUCCAACAUUUUUUUCUAGAAAUAAAUUAUACGCUCAUCCAAGAUGCCUAAAUAGGGAUACCGAUAUGGUAAAUGCAAGAAAAAUACAAAACCUAGAGGAAUUCACUCACGGAAACUAACUGAACCUUUGAAUUCAAGGUAAGAUUAAAUAUUACUACUAGUACUAGUCUUAGUAGUAAAAUUAGAAAUCAAGACCACGAUGGCCAAGCCAUAGUUCAUACUAAAAGUACUAAAACUAUUAUUAGUGGUAGAAGUCUCUUUUUUAAAAUUAGUAGGCUUAGUGUGACCAUGCUUCAUGUUGUGUCAAUUGUUUAGUUUAUCGGGAUUAGAAAUUAAGACCACGAUGGCCACGCCAUAGUAGUUCAUACUAAAACUAGUAUUAGUGGUAGAAAUAUCUUUUUAAAAUUAGUAGGCUUAGUGUGACCAUCUGCCAAGAGUGAUGCUCCACUGUCCAUAGCGAGACACCCUGUCCAUACCAAGACACCCUGUAGACGCCGUGUCUUUUACUCUGCACUCAUUCUAUACAAACAAGGACAUUGGCAAUUCUUGUUGUUUACAUUGGGACAUGAUUGACAAUUGAGGAACUUUAUAGCAUAAUUAUGGUUUAACAAAAGUUUUUGUCAGGGGGCAUACAUUACAAAACAAAUUAUUUUAAAAUCAUACGAAGACCUCAGCUAAUUAAUUCAUUUUAAUGAUGAUGGAAAUUAAUUCAUGGCUAUUUAUUUCAAUUGGACAUACAACUACAAAUUUUUUUAAAUAGUUUUUAAGACCAUAAACCUAAUGCAAACUACUUCAGAUUAAUAAAUAAAAAUAAUUGUUAAUUGAUGUUUAUGUUACUUUAUUUUUUCCAGUUCAUCUACGGUUGCUGACUUGAAUGAGCCUCCAGUGCCUGCAGUCAUGACAGAAAAUACUGAUCCCCUAAACAGCAGUAGAGCGGAGCAGAAGUUUACUGUUUACAAUAAUGCAACAGAAGGAAUAGUGAUAACAAUUCCUACACAAUUGUACAUCAGAGCUUCCUCCAGGCUCUCAUAUCAGCAGUGGGAUGUGCAAAUUGUAGAGGCAACAGUCUACAGCUAUUUACAAAAAAAACAAAUGGUAUGGCUGCCCAUGUACAAAUUUACUGUCCAGACUGUAUGUCGGAGUAGUCAGAUUGGACAUCUCCACAAGUAAAUAAGCAGUUCGACAUUAAUUACCGAACAAUCAUCGGUUGCAAAGACAAUGGUAUUGGGUACGCCAAGUUGCAUUCGUUGCUUUCAGUCAUGAAUAUGCAAUCACAGAUGCACCACAAAACCUAUUAUAGGUUGUCCAAAACUGUCAGCACAGCAGCAAAAGAAGCAGCAGAAGACGCAAUGUGCCAUGCUGCUCGUGUUGUUUGCAAAAGAGCUAAAGCAGCAGACCCUCAGCCAGACCAAGCCAAAAGUAAAACAGGUUGCCCCAUCAUCACUGUGUCAUAUGAUGGCACUUGGCAAAAGCCAGGCCAUUCAUCGCACAACGGGGUGGGCCUUGCGAUCGACGUCGACAGUGGCCUAGUUUUAGACACGCAGGUAAUAAGCAAUUAUUGCAAAAUGUGCGCAGUUGGGCCAAAGCCAGGUUCACUUGAAUAUCUAACCUGGAUGGAAGCUCACAAAGCAAAAUGUCAGAAGAAUCAAGAUUGCUCGUCCAAUGCAAUGGAGACUGUGGCAGCCAGGAUGAUCUUUUCAAGAUCAAUUGAGAAGAGAAAAUUAAUUUAUGGCACAAUGCUUUGUGACGGAGAUGCAAAAGCAUUCAAUGAAGUGCAGAAAUGCUAUGAAAUUGAAGUGUCAAAAGAGGACUGCAUUAAUCACAUUGCAAAAAGAAUGUUUAAUGCUUUGGAAAAUUAAAAAAAAUCAAACAAACAAACUUUAAAUCGAAAAUUAACAAAGCCAGUUAUUGAAAAAAUAACAAACACCUAUGCAAAAAACAAUGCUUUUAACAACUGAUUGCAGUUAAAAAUGAUGUUGUCCAUGAUGAUCUACAAAAAAAAAUAUGUAACAUCACCAUAUUUCUGUAAUAAACACUUUUUUUUGCACUUUGAAAGUUUAAAAUUGAUUUUUCUCAAAAUUGUUUUUUUUUGUUGUUUUGAAACGUAGAGUUCUAAAAUCUCAGCUAAUAGACAAGCUAGAGUUAUAAAAUUUGGUGUGUACCUUCCUUUAACUAUUUUGUGGGUAAUGAGCUAUUCAAAAGUUAAUUUGGUCAAUUACUUUUUUAAAAAUAUUUUUUUUAAAUUCCCAGGAUGCUAAAUUUUAAGCGUUUUCUGACGAGGCAAAUUUUAAAAAUUAAAAAAAAAAUGUUUCAAAUAGUUUAAAGGAAAUUUAACUAGCUCAGUACCUCUAAAUAUAAUUUAAAUUCAUGAAUCAAUCAUUUUUUAAGCAAUAUGUAUGUUUGUUUUUAAAAUUUUAGAACUCUACAAAUAGGUGUUAUUUUCAAGAUGGCCGAUUUAACUAGCUCAGUACCUCUAAAUAUAAUUUAAAUUCAUGAAUCAAUCAUUUUUUAAGCAAUAUGUAUUUUUGUUUUUAAAAUUUUAGAACUCUACAAAUAGGUGUUAUUUUCAAGAUGGCCGCCGUUGCCAUGGCAACUGUGUAAUUUUUUUCUUCUUUUAAAGCAUGAAAAUAUAUCUCCAUUCAUAGCUAAACAUGACGAUAAUAAAAUAGUUGCUCUAAGUUGGUUGAUUAAAAAAAAAAAUUUUUGGUAGCCUGCCCCCUUAAAAAGUCUAAUUCAUUGGUGUCAUCCUAGGUAUCAUCAGCGUGUUCUAUAUGUUGACAUUGAUAUUCACCAUGGUGAUGGUGUUGAGGAAGCUUUUUACACGACAGAUCGUGUGAUGACUGUUUCUUUUCACAAGUAUGGGGAAUACUUUCCUGGCACAGGGGACUUGAGAGUAUGUUCAUUGAAUUCUUAUUUUAAAUAAUAAUUUUAGGCAAAAUUUCAUUAGUACCUACUUCACUUUUGCAAUGAUAAAAAAAAUAUACACUUUGUUAACAUUUACAAAUUGUUAGGUCUUUUAUAAUUAUUGUACUAUUUUCUUUCCUUUAGGAUAUAGGUGCUGGCAAGGGCAAAUAUUAUGCUGUAAACUUCCCCCUCAGAGAUGGUAUUGAUGAUGAGUCGUAUGAGAGUAUAUUUAAACCAGUGAGUUAAUUCUUUAUUACUUACAAUAUGAAAGCAUUAUUCUCCUCAAAGAUUUUACGGUUUAAAAGGUACAACUAUGAAUAAAAUGUCUAACCUUUGUUUUGUUACCGGUAUCUUCAAAAAUGAAAAUAUGUUUCAGUGAAAUGUUGAAAUUAGAUUCAUUAAGUGCUGUCACCAACAUUCCUCAUACAUUUUACUUGUAGUUAAUAUUUGAUAUUAUACAUGCAUGCAUACAGUUAAUAUUUACAAUGUUACUUUCACAACUGCCCAUAUUGUGCUACCCAAUUAAUUAUUUCUUUGAGCUAAUAGGAACCGGCUAUGAUAAUUGUAAUAAUCUUGGUUUUUCUUUUCAGGUUAUAACAAGAGUAAUGGAGAUGUAUCAACCUAGUGCCAUUGUUUUACAGUGUGGAGCUGAUUCACUAUCUGGUGAUCGCUUGGGUUGUUUUAAUCUUACACUGAAAGGUAAGCUGCCCUGACAUGGUUGUUAGAUUUUAUACUUCAGUAGAAUCAUGUAGAGCAAAGUGUAAUAAUGGAUAAAAUGAAAAACUCUGACUUCUUCUAGACAAGAAUUACGGUUAAUGCUUGAAGGCAAUGGAAUGAAUAUAAAUGAGAAACAUGUUUAAGUAAUAAAAAAAAAAGCAGUACAGAAAACAAUCCCACUAAAAUGUUACUGGUAAACUAACAUAAUUUUUUUUUUCAACAAAGGUCAUGGAAAGUGUGUUGAAUUCAUCAAGAAAUGGAACUUGCCUGUAUUGUUGCUUGGUGGGGGAGGCUAUACCAUUCGUAAUGUUGCUCGUUGCUGGACAUAUGAGACCUCCAUAGCCCUAAAUUCUGAUGUGGCAAAUGGUAAUCAACUAUGAGAUAUAUUGUGGAUUCUGUUGUUGUUACCGAGACGCUGAAACCCUCAGUUAUUUGUGUCUGACCUCAGCGGCCAUGCUUUGUGUUGUUAUAUAAGAAACAUGACAUUUUAUAUGGUGGCAUUUUGACCUGUUAAUUUGAAAGUAAUAAGUCAUUUACUACUAGGUCAUCAAUGUUAUAAUUUCAUUUGUUUUGGAGGAAAAAAUGUAGAUAUUAUUUUAAAACGGCGUUAUUACUGAUUUAUAAUUGUAAUAUUAAAAUAAUUUAGCCUUGUAUUGCGUGACCCAUUUACUGAUAAGAAUUUGACAUAUAUUUUUAGAACUGCCUUACAAUGACUACUUUGAAUACUAUGGACCAGACUUUAAACUCCAUAUCAGUCCAUCCAACAUGGCCAACCAGAAUACACCUGAAUACAUGGACAAAAUCAAGUUAGUCGCUCUAUAGUUAUUUAAGUGUCUUAUUUCUAAAGCUGCCUAAAUUUCCACAAUAUGAUGUCUGUAUUUAGUCCAAAAAUCAAGUUUUCAGUUUUAAUUUAACAAGAAGAAUUUAAGGUCUUUGCCUUUGUUGGAACUCAUAUCUUUUUAAGGGGUUAGGCACCCGAAAAUAUCUAAAAUUUUCAAAAAUUGUCCAUUUUUUUAUUUUUUCAUUUUUAAGUAGAUAAACAUUCUUAGAAUCGAUUACAUAUCAAUUGAUACUACUUUUUAAAAGAUUUGUUGUGAAACAACUGAUAUUUAACACCCCUCCCCACCUUAAAAAUUGACCUAAUUUUGGAAAUAAAAUAAAAUUCAUACAUAUCCCAUGUUUGAGACCUCAAAAAACUAGUUUUAAAUAACAUAAUAUGCUAUUAUUAUAUAUCAACGUAAAGGUAAAUUCAAGCAGUUUUUUUUAUUUUUAGAAUCGAAGUCAGUAAAUAUAAUUGCUACAAAUAAUCGGAUCCACAAGCGAAGUGUGUGUAGGAUUUUCUUCACUUCUAUUUAUAUAAUUAUUUUACCGAUUUUCAUUGGUCCGAACCGAGGGUAACCAAGAUACCGUUGACUCGCGCAUGCGCAAAUGCGUUGUUUAUGCGUGUUUACCGGAUCAUGGUUCUGUGUACAGAACGACAUUUUGCAAACGAAAGCAUCAGCAUAUUUUGAUUUUAAAAUACACGUUUACAACCUUACCCAUUCGGUAAAAGCCAGAAAUUCAAGGUAAGUAUACUAAAAAAAUGACCUUAAUUUAGCAACAUGCAAUCGGUGAUAGUUGAAAUUAUUCAGUUCGGACGUCAGUACUGUCACUGUGUUGCCUUGAACUUGAUGAUUGAUCGUGCGUGUGGAUUGUUUGUGAGUUUAUGUUUAGCUUAUGCCUUAUGCGGAGAAUUGCAUAAGUUUCUACUAUUAGUCUUUAUAUUUACCAAUCAAGUGAAUUGUUAAAUUAUAUGAAUCCUAAGCCUAUUUAUUUAUAGUUGUCUAACAAAACAACAUUGAUAAAUAAUCAAGAAGUUCAAAGUAAAUACCAUAGGCAUAGGCCAUGAUAGGCUAAGACUAAGGCUAGGACUAAAACAACAACGCAAUAUGCCGUAAUACUACUAUAAUUAUGGCAUGGUAUUAGCAUUAGCAGUAUGAGGAAAAUAAUUCGUAUUAGAAUCUUUUAACUCAAAUAGUUUAAUCUUAGCCUUAUUCAUUUUUUUUAUCUGCAUACAAUACAAUUAUUAAUAGUAAUAGCUAAUUAGUUUUAAUUUCUUAUUUAUAAGAAUAAGAUCAGUUCAAUUAACUAAUAAUAGUAAUUAUAAUAAAAUAAGUAUUUAGUUUAGCAAUCCUAAACAUCUAAAUAAUACUAAUAUUGUAACACACCUACUCUGACAUGGCGUGGGAGCUUAUUUCUUAUGCUGUGGGUUAUGUCAGUAGUAUGGUUACUUAUGUUAUGUUGAUAUUUCAGGAUGCCGACUAAGGCUUCUUCAAUCUUCCACUUAUAAUCCGGGCACGCAAAUAAGAAUACUGAAUCCUGGUUAAACUUACAGUACUUUAUUGAACACACUUUAUAUUGAUAAUAUUAAUAAAUAAUCCUUGCAUGAAUGUAAUUUCACAUAUAUAUCUAUAGUAUUCCAUCAUUAAGAAAGACACGUCCUCACACUAAACUGUCAACUGUCUAAUCACACAGCUCUCACGCUACUGACUCUACUGCUCUGCGCUCAGCUCUCUACUAUCUCAGUCAACUCAUACUUUAUUACCAGCAAAGCGUGCAAAACAACCGCUCUGACAAAAACAUAAUUUUACUCUCCAAAAACGUGGAGUUCACAUUUGCAUCUCAAAAUACAUGGUCAACACAAUUCACUGUUCACUCAUGCUACCUCUCUGUUUUCAUGUGAAAACAUAGUCCGUUACAUGCCCCACCCAUCUGAAAAAAUUUUGUGCAACAAAAUUUUUGGCAUUAUAUGUUGAAAUAAUGAUAAUGUCUCUUAGAAAAUUUCAAUGCCACAUCUAACAAUCAAAUCAGUGUAACAACAUUAACAUUUCAUCAUUAUGAAAUACAGGGCCUUUUACUAGUGAAUAAUUUACCCUGGCAAAAAAUUACAAAAUCACCAAUGACAACCUCUUAAAAUCUUUAUGUAUGAUAAUGUGAAGUGACAUUAACAUCUUAAUGAAUAAUAAACACUGCAAAAUGAAUGUAACAACCUUAAAUUUUGCAUUAGAAGAUUUACAAUUGGUUAAAAUCUGAUAUUCAUUUACAAAAUUGAUAUGUACAAGUGUCUUAUCAAAAAAAUGGUUGAAUGUGUAUUUUAAUGAUCUUCAUGCUCAAUUUAACCUUAAUGUUAUUGUCAUUGUCUAAUCUUAAGAAAAAGUUGAUGACCAAGAAUGUAAACAAUUUAUACAAUAGUUCUGUAUUGACAAUUACCAUAUUUGAAAAAAAUUUUGUUCUUAACAGCUAAUAAUUGAUUUAUUAGAGAGUUUUAUGCUAGGUUAGCUAACAUGGAAUGUUAAGUAUUUCUCCGCACUGAAGAAAAUGACAAUUGUGAUCUGUUAUCUCUUUGUCUAUCUCUUUCCAUAAAAUUGUUAUUUGUAGUUGUGUAAUGUUCUUCUUGAAACUUGUUUUCUCUGUCUUUGAUUUCAUUAUUGAAUUUUUCAGCCUGUCUAUAUUGUUGAUGAAUGUUUCUUGAAUUUAGUCUAAAAAUGUGUUUUGCCCUGUCUGAUUUUUGUUCUGUAUAUGUUUUAUUAAGAAUUCCUUUGUUAUGUUGUCUUGUUAUGCUAUGUGUUGGAUUCAUGUUUAAAUGUCUUCCUCUUAUCCCUUCUGUUAUUAGAUACUUAGUGUUAUUGCUUAGUUCUUUUAUAUUGCCAAUAAUUAAUGGACACACUGGAUUAUCCAUCACAACUGCUGUUACAGAUCCUGUGAUCCAUGGACAGUCUAUGUCCACUACUGCUUUAUAACAUUCAACUUUUGUGUUAUUUGCUAACAUGACUGUGGUUUUUUCAGAUAUAUGGUCUUUAGGAUCAAUCAAUUUUUUGUCAACUACUAUUGUUGUACAACCUGUGUCUCUUAGACACUGAACAAGUUGGUUGUUUACAUAAGAAGGAAAAAAUUGUAAACUUCCUUCACUGUGACAUGCGCUAGCUAAAGUUUCAUGUGGUUUGGUGUUUUGUCUACUGUUAGUCUGAUUGGAAUUAUAUCUUUGAUUUUUAUAUGGUUGUCUACUCCUAUUUGCACUGUUGUAUCUAAUUGGACUACUGUUGGGUGAUGUUCUCUGAUAGUAUUGUUGUGAAUGUCCUAAAUCUCUAUGUAAUUUCCUACACUCAUAUUUUUUGUGACCUGGAAUGCCACAGUAGAAACAUUUGUUGUUGUUUGAAUAAUUAGUAUAUGGUGUCUGGUAAUUGUUUUGAUGACUUUUCUGAAAUUUAUUGUUUUGCCAUCUGGCAGGUAGGCUGUGGUAUCUUCUGUUUUGAUAUGUGUUUUGUUUUUGACUGUCCCUAUCACUGGGUGUGUUUCUAAUAGAGGCUAGUGUGCUGUUUCUAUUGUCUAGCUCUUCAUUGGGGUGAGCAUCUUUAAAUGUUGUGAUUGAGUCAACUAACUCACGCUCAUUUUUAAUCUUUCUCUCUUUAAGGAAUGAAAAUAAAGAGACUGAUGCAUUUCUUAAUAUUUUGUCUAUGAUAAACAUAUCCAGUAAUGCUUUUGGAUCAUUUAGGUCAAUUUCAGUUAAUUCAAGCCAUUUGACAAGAUUGUCUCUAAUAUUGAAUAUGGUGGUGUUAGGAUCUACUUCUCUCUCUAGUCUUAUGUUGUGGAAAUUUUUUCUAUAAAUGUCUUCUGUGUUUCCAUAGAACUUUAACAAAACUUUCUUUAUAUAGUUAUAAUUAUUCUUUUGUUCUUCACUGAGUGAAUUAAUAAUACUUAGGCUUUUCCCUGAUAAUCUGCUCAAUAAAAUAUUAGCCCAAGUCUCUUCUCUAUAGUUGUAAGACUGACAGAUGCCCUCAAAUUGUGAUAGAUAACUAAUAAUUUCCUCUUUAUGUUCAUUAAAUUCUCUAAAUUUAGGUUUGUAUGUGCUAUUGGUUUCUCUAUUGCUUGUUGAUGGUGUAUGCUGUCCUGAUUCUAUUCUAGCUCUUUCUAGUUUUAUUUCUUCCUCUCUUAAUUUCAUAUCCUGUUCUCUUAAUUUAAGUUCUUCUAUUUCCUUUUGUCCUUUUAAUUUUAGUUCUUCUAUUUGUUUAAGGUCGCUUCUCUCUAACAGUCUAGCUUCUCGGUCUUUGUCUUUAUCUUGUCGGUCUUUGUCUUUGUCUUGUCGGUCUUUGUCUUCUUUCUGUUUGUCCCUAAUUUUGUCCAUCUCACGAGUUACGAAGUCAGCUAAUUUCUCCUGCUUCAAGCCAAGCUUCUCACCUACUUCUAAUAGUUCUAAGUACUCUGCCAUUUUUAGUUAUAAUGUGAGUAAAUAAAAUUAUAUUGGUAUGUAUCAGUAUAUCAGUUAUCUCCUUAUUCUUUGGUUAUCAAUUAAAAUAGUUUUCGAUCUUUCAUAUAUCUACAUGUUAAUGAAUGUAUACACAAAUGCAAGUUGAAACAUGAAUUAUAAGUUAUAAAUAAGUGUAAGAAAAAUUUAAAGUAAUUAAAUUGUCUACUUCACAACAUAAAUACAGAUAUGUAGACGUUUACAUGAAUACGAAUGAGACAACAAAUACAAAAGUACUGUUUAGUUUAUGGACCACAAGAUAGUAGAAAAUAUGACAGUAGGUUGACAAUAUGUAUAACAAUGACAAGACAAAUAUAACAAAUCUGACAAGAUAUACUAAAAAACAACAGUUAUAACAAUGUACAAACUAGACUUCACCGCUAACACAGAAUUAUCCUACAGUGUUAUAAAUAGGGCCAGAAGAAACCUUUACCGUUUUAAUAAAAAAACUUCCCUAGGAAAGAUAACACCGUGGAUGUCCCUACAGUAUACUCUAAAAUUAAACUUAUAUUAUACUUGCUCCUCUGUGACGCUAUGAUCUCUGUGUAGUCGAUAAUCCUUCUAUGUAGAUAGUGUACUUGGGUAAAUACUCCAAUGCAAAAGUUAUAUAAUCCAAUGAAAAAGUUACAACACAAACUGCUUCAGUAAUCCAAUGCAAGUACCUUGCGUAAUAGAAGUAAUAGUGUAAUAAUCCAAUUGAAAAUAGUGUACUUUCUCUCCGACUCAGUUGAUCUUGCGAGUAAUUAAAGAAUUACUUUACUUGAAAUGCGCACUAGGCUUUGUGCGGCUUGUAUAAAGUGAAGAUUAUGCUGGGGAAAUCUUACUUUCGAUGUCUUGAUACACACAUCUCAUCUGUAAUAACGUCAGACUUCUACUUCUGUUGGUCUUGUAAUAUGUAGGCUUACAGUAAAUCUUUGCUACAGUUGUAAAUAACUUGAAAAUUUUCCUUUGUGCGGAUUGUUCAGUCUAUUAUUAUUUACCUCUUUGUAGUUAUUCUAAAAUAGAUUUCUUGCUGCUGUGUUUCUCCAACUGGGUGUGUUCACUCCGCUAAGUAGGUUAAAUAGUUGCCGUGUACCAGUUGACUGAACUCUGAACUCCCGUGACUGACCUCAAUUGUCGGCUAACUCUGUGUGUAGUGAACUUGUCUCGGACUUGAUUGAUAUACGGUCAUAAUGGCGUUCGCUGUAUUCUUCCGCUCGAAUUUUAAAUUAUAUAUCGUUGUUACUCAAUGUUCUGUUCCGCAUUUCUGACACUUCUUUACAAUAUUUGUAACGCAUCGUCGUUACACCGCUUCUGACACCAUUUGUAACACACCUACUCUGACAUGGCGUGGGAGCUUAUUUCUUAUGCUGUGGGUUAUGUCAGUAGUAUGGUUACUUAUGUUAUGUUGAUAUUUCAGGAUGCCGACUAAGGCUUCUUCAAUCUUCCACUUAUAAUCCGGGCACGCAAAUAAGAAUACUGAAUCCUGGUUAAACUUACAGUACUUUAUUGAACACACUUUAUAUUGAUAAUAUUAAUAAAUAAUCCUUGCAUGAAUGUAAUUUCACAUUUUAAUAAAGACACGUCCUCACACUAAACUGUCAACUGUCUAAUCACACAGCUCUCACGCUACUGACUCUACUGCUCUGCGCUCAGCUCUCUACUAUAUCAGUCAACUCAUACUUUAUUACCAGCAAAGCGUGCAAAACAACCGCUCUGACAAAAACAUAAUUUUACUCUCCAAAAACGUGGAGCUCACAUUGGUAUCUCAAAAUACAAUUCAUUGUCCUCGUGGACAAAAACAUGGUCAACACCAUUCAUUGUUCACUCAUGCUACCUCUCUGUUUUCAUGUGAAAACAUUGUCCGUUACAAUAUUAAUAGGCUUAUUGAGAUCAUUUUCAAUAUAUUAUUUGCUAAAUAAUGUUUAUAUAAUUUUUUAAUUCCAUUCCAGCCCCCAAUUAGUUCUACCGAGCCGAGCAAAAGUUAAUUCUUCAGUGACAAGAAUUCUACAGAGGGACUGCGAAACAUUGAUUUGAAAUGAUCAUAAUUCAAAGCUUUUACCAAUUUUCUUCUGUCUGCAGUGGAAUGGACGAAUUGCAGAAGCCAUAACUUACAGCUGAUUGCAAAACAAAAUAGUAAAUACUAUGAACAUAACAAUGACUAGAUUGUGAGUGGUUAGAUUGUUCAUAUCAACAACUGGAUAAUCAAGUCAUUAUCAAUUAUAGACUCUAAGGCCUGAAGGACAAUGGCAUGGACUAUGAAAAGUUGCAAUCUAUGAUAUCUGCGAUAAACAAUCCAGCUGCACCGCAAAAUUUAUAACCUGCGCAAAGUUUAAAAACUGCGCUAUGCCGAAGACAUGAAACAUUUAUGAGCAAGUAUCUUCCCAAUUAUUACAUUUCUAAUAGACAAAUAACUCAUUCACCUCUGGUAUGAGGGACAUCUUUGAUGAAAGAAGUACACAGAAUAGGUACAAAAGUUUCAACAUAGCAUUGCUGCCAUGAAACUAUGCUUUAAUUUCAGUGAUGGUGACAGCAACAUAACCUUGUCAUCUAAGCAUGGUUAAAAGGAUCAUGGACAAAAGGGUUGAUUGGGGACUUUGGAUAACUUGUGUUAUAUUAUAAUGCUGAACAAAAAAUUCUAAUACAACACAAAUUAGCUUUAUUCCAGAGGAAAAAAAUUUUUUGUUUAAAAUUGUGAUUUUGACGAGAGCACCUGAUGAAGUUCAAGAAGUUAAAACCCAUGUUCCUGGUGCAUUCUUGUUUAAAAUUGUGAUUUUGACGAGAGCACCUGAUGAAGUUCAAGAAGUUAAAACCCAUGUUCCUGGUGCAUUCAACAGUUCAAUAAUAUAAGAAACCACCAUGUCCAUGUUGCUGAACAAAAAAAACUAUGUAAAAGAACUUCAUUUUCAUAUUAAACUUAAAAUUUUUCACUUUUAAAGUUUAAAAUUGAUUUUUCUCAAAAUUGUUUUUUUCUGUUGUUUUGUAACGUAGAAUUCUAAAAUCUCAGCUAAUAUACAAGCUAGAGUAAUAAAAUUUGGUGUGUAUCUUCCUUUAACUAUUUUGUGGGUAAUGAGCUAUUCAAAAAUCAAUUUGGUCAAUUACUUUUGUUAAAAUAAUUUUUUUCAUAUCCUAGGAUGGUAAAUUUUAAGCGUUUUCUGCCGAGGCAAAUUUUAAAAAUUAAAAAAAAAAUGUUUUGAAAAGUUUUAAGGAAAUUAAACUAGCUCAGUACCUCUAAAUAUAAUUGAAGUUCAUGAAUCAAUCAAUUUUUAAGCAAUAUGUAUGUUUGUUUUUAAAAUUUUAGAAUUCUACGAAUGGGUAUUAUUUUCAAGAUGGCCGCCGUUGCCAUGGCAACUAUAUAAUUUUUUUUUAUUUUAAAGCAUGAAAAUAUAUCGCCAUUCAUAGCUUAACAUGACCAUAAUAAAAUAAUUGCUCUAAGUUGGUUAAUUAAAAAAAAAUUUUUUUUGGUAGCCUGCCCCCUUAAUUCAUUAUCUUUCUCUGUCAAGGACAAGGUUAUUUGAAAAUCUAAGGAUGCUGCCUCAUGCCCCUGGUGUACAAAUGCAGGGUGAGAAUUUAUUUUAUAUAUUUUUAUGUCCACACAUUAACACUCUAUACAAGUGGUCAAAACUAAGUCGAUCCUAAGCCAGUGGACUGGAGUUCGAUCCCCAGAAAAUGCAGAGACAAGCAAAAACAUCACCAGCACGGCCAGGGGGAUGGGACUCGUUAACCUUGGAUGGCAUCUCAUAUAAGAGAAGGCAAACUCUGGAAUCAAACCUGGAGUUGGAGUCUCUUUAGGGGCAUGACAUUGAUAAAAGAAAUGUCGAAGACAAUGUCUGGUUGUUCUCUAUUAAUUUACAAUGCUUGUCAUGAAGUAUUGAAGUUAUUUUUAAAGCCACAUAGUUUUUUGUUGAAACAUUGUAAAUGAGGUCACACUACUUCAGUUGGAAAGGAAUUUGUAGAUUCUGUUUUGACUUUUUUACUUUAUUUGCAUUAUCAUCCCAGUAAGACUGUCAUUUCAACUUUCUAAUGCUUCACACUUUUGUUUUUGAAUGGUUGUGAUCAAAAGUGAUGGGGUUUUUUUUUGUUAUCAAUGUUGCAGCCAUUCCAGAAGAUGCUUUGAAUGAUGAGAGUGACGAUGAAGACAAAGCCAAUCCGGAUCAGAGAAUUUCAAGUAAAUUCCUACACUAUUGGCAAAUAUAAAUAACUUUAAAAAAAAUAAAAACAUUGAUCUUUUAAUAUUUUUUUUGCAUUUGAUUACCCGUUACCUACUUCACUAUCCCCUUCAUCUAGUUUAAGCAAGGAGCCUUAAAUAUGUUUUUCCUUUUCUUUUUUUUUUUCAGUCCGUCAGGCAGACAAGAGGAUUGCCUGUGAAGAGGAAUUCUCGGACAGUGAAGAUGAGGAUGGUGGAAGAAAAGACAGAAGGGACCACAAAAAGAAGAGACAAAAAACAGAAGGAGAGGAUAAGAAAGAUGGAGAUAAAGGUUCUUAUAAUAAUCAUUUUCUUAGUAAAGUUAUCAAAUGAAAACAUUUGCAUACUGCAAGACAUUUAUUACUACCGGUUACAAAUUUAAGAUAAAUUGUAUGUUAGAAGACAUUUUGGAAACAUGUGUUCAUUGUUAUUCAGUGGAGUUACGGGGCAUAGUAUCUUGCUCCAAUUUUUUAACUGCUUUUAAGGUUGUGAAUAUUUUUAAAAUACCAUAGAUGCCAAAAAAGAUGAGAAAGAGGUCAAGAAAGAACUGCCAGAUGUCAAAGAGGAACCAAAAAGUGCUGAAAAGUAAGCUUCUUAUAUGGUCUUAUAUGUGAUCUGAUGUGGACUAUGAUGGUAAAACAUGAUUUAAAAUGUCUGGAAAUUAAAUUUGUUUUAUAUAUGUAUUAAUUCUUGAAUUUUAUUUUAAAUAGGGAGGAAAAGGCAGCUGGCUUAGCUGAGAAAAAAGGUAUUAUUUUCAUUCUCAAUAAGCUUACUGUGGCUCUUUUGUUUUCUUCUUAUUUUCACCCAGUUAAAUUCCCUUCUUUAUUUAUUUUGUCUCUUACAACUUUGCUUGCAAUUAAGCCUAAAUAUAUCAGAUGUUAUGUGGAAAUCCAGGCAGAGAGUACAACUUAGCCAUAAAUAAUGUUAGAAAUUUUCCUGGAUUUCUAGACCACACACUUGGGAUUCUUCAUCCCAAUAUUAGAGAUCUGUUGGCAGUCUGUCCAUCUCCUUUACUUAAGCCUCACUGUUCCACAGGUGAAACCUCACCCACAGCAAAUAAAGGUGGGGAUGCAUCUCAUGAGAAUGCAAAAGACAAAGAUGCCAAAGAGAUCGACCCCAAGCCUGCACCAUCUACCACUUCUACCCCGGGCUCCAUAGAAGCAGAGAAAAUGGAGCAUUGAUAUGAAAAAAAGUUUUUUAGUUUUGUGUCACCGCAUUUUAUUCAUGUCAGAUUUGGUUAACAAUUUGCCUUUGAAAUUAUAUUAAUAAAUCCUACCAGUGUAAAAUAUUUAAUAUUGCUAAGGUUUGAUAAUUUACAUGUAAUUUAUACCAUCCACUUUUGUAAAGAGCAUAUAGAUUGCACCAGUAAGUUAAAUAUAACUGAUAGAUGAAGAGUUAUUUUGUAGUGUAUGUCUAAGAAAGUUACUCUAAAUACCGGUUUGUAAUGAAUUGUAAAAGAAUCUCUGAAUGGUGUGUAUUGAUAAAUAUUUUUAACCUAGGUUCUUGUGUUCAUCCAUUCAACCAUUUCAGAAUUCAUUUACCAGUUUUUUUAACUUAGAUUUGGAUCACAAGCAGAAGUACCCUGAGUCAGUUUUAUUUUAACAUUCCUGUAACAAAUGCACCAAAGUGUAAGGGAACAUUUAAUACUAAAUUGACCUCUAUUGGAUUCUUAACUCGAUUUAUCUUUAGUUUAUCGAAAGAAUCUUUUUUUUUUAACAUCAGUUUUCUUGUGUAGAAUUCAUAAGUUAUUUAAAAUAAAUAUUUUUGUAUCAUUACUUUUUUUGGGGGUCAAAUGAUCAAAAUACACCAGCUGUUGAUUAAAAUAAUUAGUAUGGUUGAAUUAGUUAAAUUCAAAAACAUUUGUACCAUUAUAACUGUUCAGUAUUUGUACAUGCUGUUGCAGUACUUGAUGAAUUGGGGAUAUAAAGUUUUUAACACUCUAUCUUAUGGGUUUCUUUGUCCUGUGAUGGUUUGCAUGCAAAUGCUGACAAUAUAAAUUUAACUUCAGAGACUAGAAAUUUGUUAUUGGAAUUUGAUUGAAUGACAUAUCUUAACAAGCGGGGAGCAAAUGUUGUUUACUUUUCAUCCACUUUUGUAGGAUGUUGAGAUGAGUGAUGAAUUUAAAGUACUCGAACCUGUGCUCAUCUCCUUUAGUACUGCCUCAGGCAUUAUGACCCUCUGUACAUAGCUCAUAUUUUCUAAAUUACAAGAAGGUGGGACACAAUGUCUGAUGCAGAGUUAAAGGCUGCAUUCGUAUUACCGUAUAUUAAACUUUGUUGUACCUCUUCAAUUUUUAAUAAUAAAUGUUCAUUGGUUUCAUAUUUUUGUUGUUAGUUCUUUUCCCCACUUCAUUUCUGUUCACUUCCAUUCUUAUAAAUUUUUGCAGUCC